GCAUAAUGGGGGUUGCUGAAGCCUGAAACUAAGGAGCAGGCAGCGGCAUGCUCUCGAGUGAUUGAGUGGAGCCGCAGACACGUGACAUCUGCUUUUCCAAGGUCGAGAACCCUAUGACGGACGAGGUGCAUCCCAUCACGAGCGUCUCCCAAUCCAGCAGGCAUCCAGGUACCACUUCUGCGCGAGCUCUCUUUGUCUCGUCGGACCCAAAUCCUUGCCCCUGCGCGACAUCUGCAUCCCUCUCGCAGCCACCGAGGCCGUUGUUGUUUACUCGCAGCAGACAGAAGUCACCGGGGAACACCAAAACCGCACACGUCCACCAGCGUUAUGGCGUCGCUGGGCGAGGAGCUCCUCAACAUCGUCAACAGGCUCCAGGACCUUGUUUUCAACACCAUCGGCAAUGACUCCCUCGACCUGCCCCAGAUUGUUGUCGUGGGUUCGCAGUCGUCUGGAAAGUCUUCGGUUCUUGAGAAUAUCGUCGGCAGGGACUUCCUCCCCCGAGGCAGUGGCAUCGUAACGCGGCGACCGCUUAUCCUCCAGCUUAUCAACCUCCCGAGCGAGCGCGAAGAUGCCGAGGAAGGCGACGAGGUCCACGUACCACACACCCCUGCCAGCGUGGCGGGACAGCAAGAGUGGGGAGAGUUCCUGCAUAUUCCCGGGCGCAGGUUCUAUGACUUUGCAGAGAUCAGACGGGAGAUCGAGGCUGAGACAGCGAGGAUAGCUGGAAACAACAAGGGCAUCAACAGGCAACCGAUCAACCUGAAGGUGUACUCCCCACACGUCCUCAGCUUGACGCUGGUCGACUUGCCGGGUCUGACCAAGGUACCCAUCGGCGACCAGCCGACAGACAUCGAGAAGCAGACCCGCAACCUCAUCACCGAGUACAUCGCCAAGCCGAACAGCGUCAUCCUUGCUGUCUCCCCCGCGAACGUCGAUCUCGUGAACUCUGAGGCUCUGAAGCUGGCCCGCCAUGUCGAUCCCAUGGGCCGGAGGACAAUCGGCGUCCUUACCAAGCUAGAUCUCAUGGAUCACGGAACAAACGCUAUGGACAUUUUAUCUGGUCGCGUAUACCCUUUGAAGCUCGGUUUCAUUGGUAUUGUCAACCGCUCGCAGGCAGAUAUUCAAAGUGGCAGACCACUUGCGGACGCCCUGCAGGCCGAACGAGAAUUCUUCAAGCACCACCCGGCAUACAGGAAUAUGGCCAACCGAUGCGGUACCCAGUUCCUGGCAAAGAGCCUCAACCAGACACUUAUGGCCCACAUUCGCGACAGAUUACCCGACAUCAAGGCGCGCUUGAACACUCUCAUGGGACAGACACAACAAGAGCUUGCAAGUUAUGGAGAUCUCGCUUUCACAGGAAAGGAGCACCGGGGCUCGCUGAUCCUGCAACUCAUGACCCGUUUCGCUUCGUCCUUCAUUUCCUCUAUCGAUGGUACCUCGACCGAGAUCUCGACCAAGGAGCUUUGCGGUGGUGCCAGAAUCUACUAUAUCUUCAACUCGGUGUUCGGAAACUCCCUUGAGCAGGUCGACCCUACGCAGAACCUGUCUGUUCUCGACAUUCGCACUGCCAUCCGAAACUCCACUGGACCUCGCCCAAGCCUUUUCGUCCCUGAACUGGCCUUUGAUCUUCUCGUAAAGCCGCAGAUCAAGCUGCUCGAGAUACCCAGUCAACGAUGCGUCGAGCUUGUAUACGAGGAGCUCAUCAAGAUCUGCCACACCUGCGGUUCGACCGAGUUGACCAGAUACCCUAGGUUACAAGGCAAGCUGAUUGAGGUUGUUUCUGAUCUCUUGAGAGAACAGCUUGGGCCAUGUUCCAACUAUGUUGCAUCGCUUAUCGACAUCCAGCGAGCGUACAUCAAUACAAAUCACCCCAAUUUUCUCGGCGCAGCAGCAGCCAUGUCCUCCGUCAUUGCCGAUAAGGAGGCAAGGGAAAAGAAGGCCAUUCAGGACGCAGAACGCAAGAAGCGUGAGCAGAAGAGGCUGAAAGAGCUGAACGGCGCAAAUGGUGGCGAGACACCUGAUGACGGGGAGGAGUCGCUGAAGGUCGCUGACAAGGCGCUGCCGCUCAGAAAACAUCAAACGCAGACCAGCCGCAGUAUGUCGCCCGCAGUUGGGCGCUUGCUGAAUGGCUCUCACAACAGCAUUUCAGGUCAGCUAAGCAACCGCAACCGAUCACCACCAGCGGGCAGCAACCCCCGUGACGGCUUCCUGAACUAUUUCUUUGGCAAGGAAGGUGGUGCUGCACAUAACCCUUCACUGACACUGGACAACCGACCUGGCAGCCGACACGUCAGCCAAAACAUUGAGCCCAGCUUUGCGCAAAGCAUCAGGAGAGGGGAUCCUAAGGCACGUUCGCCUAUGGUCCCAUCGUUCAGCAUGGACGACGAUGACGAGCCAACGAGCCCUGUACAAGAGAUUCAAGGCGGCUUUCCCUCGGACCCCGAAUCUGCUCCCGCUCUCACAGAGCGCGAGGCGCUCGAGACCGAGCUGAUCAGCCGUCUCAUCUCCUCCUACUUCAAUAUCGUGCGCGAGACAAUCGCCGACCAGGUACCUAAGGCCAUCAUGCACCUCCUGGUCAAUCACUCCAAGGACGGCGUGCAAAACCGCCUCGUCAGCUCACUCUACAAGGAAGACCUCUUCCAGGAGCUCCUCUACGAAGAUGACACAAUCAAGGCGGAGCGCGAGAAGUGCGAGAAGCUGCUCAAGACGUACAAGGAGGCGGCCAAGAUCGUCGGCGAGGUGUUGUAAGAUGUGGGCUUGUAAGGAUAUCACCUGUAGGAUUCAAAAUGUUCUGUCUAUUGGGGGCGUAUAGGGACCGCAUGGCUGUGGAUCUUGGUGGAGGUGCCCUGUUGUAUGCGUAUUUCUACUCUUCUGCUCAUUCUGAAGCAACUCCGGGAAAUGUGGGUGCCGGGAUGACAGGGCGUUGGAGGACUCUGCCCUUGAGUAGUUUGUCGGUUCAAAGGCGAGCGUGAGGAGUGUAUAGAACAUACUGCGCAACUUCACCUCUGAGUUUUGCGAAUGAGCAGUGAUAAAACAAC